AACACAGCAUCCUUUUCCACGGAGCACGAGAUGUCGGUGAAGAACGCACCGUGAAUGAGCUUAACGUGCGGUGCUACGGUUCAACACAAUUGUUUUGUCCUAUAUUUGAAUAGUAAUUUGAGCACCGAAAAUAAUAUAUGAGAGACAUGCGGUACAAUAUUGAAUUCUGGUUUAUUUCUGUGGCGAGUAAUAAAAACGCGCGUGAUGGAAUGAUUUAACGGUGAAUUUAUCCACGUAGGAAACGUAUGGGGAAACAACCGAAAUUAGAAGUGAAAACAUGAGGGAGAGGAGGAGAGCUUUUGGAAUAAAUACGUGUUGUAAUCGGUUACGGUAGGCUGAGAAAUAUAUUCAAACUGUAAAAAGAAAAACCUACGUUCACGUUUAUUAUUGUUGACAGGCGACGUUUUUGAUAUUUGCAUGCGCUGUUUACAGGGCAAACUGUCUCGCUUUUAAUGUAUUUAUUUGUAUUGUGUACAUAUGAAUUAUGUACUGUUGACAUAUUUUGGUGAUCAUUAUAGGCUGUUAGACAUAUUUCUUGUUUGACAGUUGGAUAUACAAACGCUUUGGCAGAAUAUGAGAAUAUGAGCAGAUGGCAUGAGCCAUAACUGCGUCCAGUCAUAAUACAUAUUUCAGCAACUUCAACUAUAUUUAUUUGAACAAGAAAAACAUUAAACCUACAUUAAAUUAUCGCUGUUGUGUAUUAGAACGACAGGCAAAAGAGAUUUUUCAUAUAUAUGUAUAUAUAUAUAUAUAUAUAUAUAUAUAUAUAUAAUCUAAUAUAUCAUAUAGGCUCUUUAACAACUCAUAAUUUCAACAUUAUGCAUGGCUAUUAGUCUAUUAUUUCAAACUUCUCACUGAUCCUAAGAUACAUAUCUUCAAGUUCACACAUUAAGAUUUCAUAAGCAAAAUUCACAAAAUACAUCAGCAAUAUACAUCACUGAGCAUUGAAGGGAAUGUCUAAACGUAUGUUUGCAUAAAGCCAAAUACAUAUAAUCAUUAAGAAAAUUCAUGCCAUUUCUAACUACUGAGGCACAAAGAUUGCUUCUGCUAAAUGAAAAAAAACUUCUGUGAAGUUUCCCUUAACCGUACAGUUGUACAGAACUUAGUUGUUUGCUAAAUCACUAUAUUUGCAAGUACCAUUUGAUAGCUAUUGGAAUAUUGGAUCACAAAAAAGUAUUCAUGUAAGCAGCUGAUUGUAACCAAAAUAUAAAUAUAUCGAGAAAACAUUAGAAGAACAAUUACUAACUGAGACAGAGUCUUGACAUCUCCGUUCUUGUCGUUGAGUAACUGAAUACUACGGGCUGGACUUAUUAAACCGAUCGUGUUGCACUAAAAGCGUUGCAUCUCUGACACUCCCUCACUGGACUUUCUCGCUCCUCAUCACAACACCCGACUUCCACCAGACCAGAGGGAAAGGAGCCACCAUCUCCAGCCUCUGAACCAGUGAUAACCUCACCGCAAUCAUCCCGUCUUCAUCUGGGCUGAUCCAUUGUCUACACUGUCAAGCUCGUCUGUUCACAGAACCAGCGGACGUUUUUUACUCACCUCGUGGUUUGUGUAUAUGUGUUUGUGUGUCUGUUAAGAAAAAACUGAGACGGAUCUGAAGAAAACUGCUAUCAUCUGAGGAUGUUCUGCAUGCUGAAGAUGUCUGCACUGCGCCUCAUGUGGGUCCCCAUGCUCUUGUGUUUAACACAUGCUUGGCUUUGCCAUGGAGUCUGUGUGGAGGUGGAUUCGGACACAGAAGCAGUGUUGGGUAAAGGAUUCAAACUAACCUGCAUCUCAUGCAAGAUGAGAGGAGAGACACAAGCUUCAGCCACUGUGGACUGGUGGUUCAUGGCUAAAGGCGAGACUGAAUUCACACAAAUCUACAAUUACGAAGACAUUAGGGGCUAUAUAAUGGAUGACCGCUUUGCUGAUCGUCUACACUGGAACGGCAGUAAAAAUACUGUGGAUGUGCAGGACGGCUCAAUCUACAUCCUCAAUGUCAGCUAUAAUGAUACGGGGACCUAUCGAUGCUACUUCAACCGGAAUCUCUUCUUUUCCAAUUACGAAUUCCACACCAAUGACACCAAGUUUGUCAAGCUCAACGUGGUGGGCAAAGCUACUCGAGGCGUGGCAUCAAUCUUAUCUGAGAUCAUGAUGUACGUUUCCAUCAUCGGGCUACAAGUUUGGCUGGUGGUGGAGAUGGUCUACUGUUACAGGAAAAUAGCUGCAGCUGGAGAAGAGGCGUUGAGAGAGAGCGAGGCGGAAUAUUUAGCUAUAACCACAGAGAGCAAAGUUAAUUGUGCAGGUGUAGCAGUGACGGAAUAACACAGGGUCAAGAAAACUCUCAUGCCAAAAGCUUGAAGCUCCAUCCAUCAUGACAUCACCGACUGCCUCCUCCGUCACCCCCACUGAUACUCUGUGACUGCAGGGCCGUUGUUUAGACGCAUCAGGGACACACAACACAUAGAUAUGGAAGGGUUUUGAUCAAAACAAGACUCAAGUUAUUCUACAUUGUAGACAACAGCAUUGAGGUUCAGAUAUGAAGGAUGAAUUAACAGGUUUAAAUGUGUAACACUGAACAAUACCAAGUACCGAUACAUGACUUGAACAUACAGUAUGUGUUUGAGCAUCUGCUGUUUUUUUUUCCACACGAGGUGAACUACGCUUGACGUGUAAAAAAUGCAAAAAUUCACAAUUGUAUCUACUGAGCCAGAGGACAGCUUUACCAAAAUGCUAUAUAUGAGCCGGUUAAAAUUUGACAAACAUAUUAGAAAACUUUAUAUAGAAAAUUUAAACAAUUUCACAAAUGUAGAAUAUAUCACAAAAAAAAUCCCUGAAUAAUAAUCGCUAGUACUGUGAAUGUGACCCUGACUGUGAAAACGAUGUUAUUUUGUAAAAAUAUAAUCUGACAUCUUCAAUAUAGGCCAUGUCAAAGAUUGAAAUUAUAGUGAAAAUAAGUAUUAAAAUCUAAUUUUAACAUCAUAUUUCGAUGAUUAGACUUUAGACUGUAUUUACAGACAGGAUAAGAAAUAUAGAUUAUAUACAUACACAGAGAAAUAAUGUAUAUUAUUUAGAAAUUGAUCAUUGUGAGGGAAACACGACCAAGUCCCAGUGAAAUAAAAAAUGACAAUGCCUUUUUUCAUGAAAUAUUGCAGAGGUUAAUGUAAAUAGUUUAUCAAUGUGGGUCAUUCUCUUUUGAAAAAACUGUGUGCCCUCAUAAUCAUAGGUAAAAUCUGAAAAUGCACUUCCGUUUCUAUAGUGACUGUCAAUCUUAGAUGACGCAUGUUAGACAAAAACCACAGCCAUCUUUUUUCUCAUUCAAAAUUCCAUUUCACUCGGAAAUACGUCAAAAUACAGAAGUAAAAACGAUCGCAACUUCCCGUUCAAAGAGACAGAAAUAUUUCUGGAACAACCUGCAAGAAUAAUCGAGAGUAAAACCACGUUAUCAAAUCUCAUCCAUGUAGCCUACAGGUGGCACUCUCUCUCCUCACCUGUGCAAAACUCACAUUGUCAGUGACAUUCUUUACAAGUGUAAAGCAAUUGAAUGUCAAGUUUGUUUUAACCAUAAGUGGAAAAAGUGCAUUAUUGUCUAUGAUAACUUAGCCAAGCUCAGCUUCCCCUGGUGGGAAGAAAAUAUAGAAAUCAUCAGAGAAUUUCUAAUUAAUUGAAUUGUGAUAAGGAGAAUUGUGUUGGGUUUAAUAGGUACAAUAAUGAUCUCUGAUGGUAAUUUGUUGGUUGCUAUUAGUGGGAUGAUACCUGGUGGAUGGGAACCAGUAAACACUAUUAAAUCCUACGAGACAAAGGCCCAACACACCACAAAAUGCAUAAUGGUAUUUGUAACAGAAAACAAUAGAAUUUUAUCAGCCAGGACCACAAGACCUACUGAAGUUCUCUUUUUAAAUGUGGUAUUAAGAUAAGUCAUAAUGUUGACCAAACAAGUUUUCUAGGCUUGACUGAUAAAAUAAACAAGGGCUGAAUGAAAUCAUUUUAAAUGACUCCAACGUGUGCCUCCUGUGUGACCAAUGCCCGAGCCUCUAGCUCUUCAAGCUUUCAUGAAAAAGGAAUGAGAAGAAAAACAGGAAUGGGUUGCAUUCAUUCACAAGUGCAGUAAAAACCUUCCAGUUUUUCCUUCCCCUCUUAGUAGCCAAUUUCUGGUAGUGACCAUAGAGGGCGGCACAACACUGCCUAAAGUCUCACUGCGUUUAUGCAUGAAUAACUUUCUUGAGACUUCCCAGCUCUGGUUUUCCUACUUUUAUAUAUUUUAUUCAGUGUUUGUUACAUCGAUUUCUACUGCAUGACUUCAAUACAUGUUUAUUAAUACUGUGAUAAAGGCUGCCAGUUGUGAUAAUUACUGUCUAACAGUAUGUUUGUGUGUGGAUAACUUAAACAUAGAUGGUAUUCUACUGACACAUAGGUGUCACAGAAAAUUACUAUCUAAUGUCUGCAGCUCUGUGGCAUUUUGUAGAAGGAUGCAUUUCAUAUUUAAGUGAAAAUAUUGCUUGGCAAAUUAUGGGCAAGAUAGUACAAAAUAAAUUAAAAUGCAU